GCGCCACACCUCGGCUUUGGAGGCAUCUGGCAGUAGUACUGCCUUCCCGGAGGUCGAGGGUUUGGCGGAGUUGCUUGAGCAGAUCGAGAGACUGCCUGGAGCCCAGCUGCGUGUCUUGGAGCUCUUGAGCGUACGUGUCUUUACUGCUGCUGCGGGUUUCGCACGAGCAAUUGAAGUUCUCCGCGGACUUUCGCAGCCAGUGGCCACGAGAGGGAGUUCUGCAGCUGAUCCCCUCGAGGAGGAGAUCGAUGCCGAACUGGAGCAGACGUUGGAGAAGCUUCGUGACGACAUUGAGAGUGUCGGUGUCGACCGUGCAAUAGACCUCUUCAUCGAGGAGUGGAACUGA